GGUGGUACAUUUGAGGAAGUCACUUUUGUACCUGAAAAGCGCCGUGCUACAGAAAUGACAUCACUACCUCCGGACCUGGAGCAGCUGGCAGAGAUAGAGCUUCAACGGGAGGAGGAGGAGGAUGAAGAGGAUCCGGUGUCCAGCACAGAUGGCCCUCCCAGCAGCAGAUGCAGCGUUGACCUCUCUCACCCAUACUACGACAUCGCCCGACAUGGGAUCAUUCAGGUCUCUGGAGAUGACAAAUAUGGAAGGAAGUUAAUCAUCUUUAGUAGUUGUUGUCUGCCUCCGGUCCACCAGCUGGAUCACCGCCGACUUCUACAAUACCUGAAGUACACACUGGAUCAAUAUGUAGAGAUGGACUAUAUCCUGGUGUAUUUUCAUUAUGGCCUGAGAAGCACCAACAAACCCUCUCUGAAAUGGUUAAGACAAGCCUACAACGAGUUUGACAGGAAAUACAAAAAGAACUUGAAGGCGCUCUAUGUGGUCCACCCAACAAACUUCAUCAGAAUAGUGUGGAACCUAUUCAAACCUCUGAUCAGUCACAAGUUUGGAAAGAAGCUUACGUAUGUGAAUUAUCUGGCUGAGUUGAAAGAUUAUUUGAACUACGAGCAGUUAAUGAUUCCUCCGGAUGUGAUUAAGCAUGAUGAGAAGUUGUGCGCAGCUCAGAAAGAUGGACCACCCCCUUCAGUGAAAAAGCCCCCUCCUCGCCCCCCUCUGCCCACGCAGCAGUUUGGUGUCAGUCUGCAGUAUAUACGAGAGAAGAAUGCGGGGGCCAUAAUCCCACCAGUGAUGUCUCAGACCAUUGUAUACUUGAAAGAGAAAGGUUUAAAGACAGAGGGGAUCUUCAGACGCUCUGCUCGUGUUCAGCUGAUAAAGGACAUCCAGAAACUCUAUAAUCUGGGUAAACCUGUAAACUUUGAGCAGUACAAUGAUGUCCAUGUUCCUGCUGUUAUCCUAAAAACAUUUAUCCGAGAGCUGCCUGAACCAUUGCUCACUUUCAGAGUCUACAAUCAAGUGCUGGAGCUCAUGAAAGUUGAGAGCAGCCUCCGUGUGACUCGCUGUAAACAGAUAAUCGAGAGUCUUCCUGAGUAUAAUUUCAUCGUGGUCAAAUACCUGUUGUAUUUUCUUCACAUGGUGUCUCAGGAGAGCAUCAGUAACAAGAUGAGCCCUUCAAACCUGGCAUGUGUCUUUGGGGUGAACCUGGUCUGGCCUCGGCACGGCUCUGUCUCUCUCACCGCUCUGAUGCCCAUCAACAUCUUCACCGAGAUCCUCGUCGAACACUGCCACAGGGUGUUCAACUCGCACCAUUGCACUAAUGAAGUACUACCUUGAACUAGAGGCUGAUACAGGGACACAUCCUCCUGACUGAAGCUGUAGGCUGCUCCCUGGUACUCGGAAGAGGGGAAAUCAAAAAUUGUGUUUGAAGAGGCAUCCCCAGAUACCUUUCCACCAGCAAAAAGGGUAGAUUAAUAGGUCAAUUAAAAGUUCACCAUAUAAAUUUCUGGUGCAGGGUGGUACCGCCGACUUAACUCAGUGGAGAUGGUAUUACUUUACCUGGACUGUUCCAUAAUGUGGCAUUAAACUUAUCCAUCUUUAUAGAGACAAGCAGGUGAUGCUACUAGGCCAAGGUCAGAUCUGGGGAGUGGCAACCCUGCUUUUUCAAGGUGUUUUUGAGCAAUAAAAACCCAUAAUUGAAUAAAUGUGAGAUUUUAAUGCCAUUUUGUGUAGCUUGCUAAAACUUUGUCACGAGAGACAAGCAGGUGGUUAAUACAUCUACUGAAUUUACUACUACGACUACUACUAUAAUCACAAUUUAUAUGAGUAAAAUGUUUCAUAUUUUGUAUAUAUUGGUGUAAUAUCUACUGUGCGCUGUCUUUUAUGCAAACUGAAUAGUAACCAAACUGUUGAAACUAUGACUUAUUUUAACACUGGAUAAUAUUUUUAUCACAUAUCAAUUUUAUAUGCAGUUUGUCUGUUAUUAUUAAACUUUAACCACACUGACUGAUGAGAGGCUUCUUGACAACCUAUUGUCAGUUAUUUUUGUAAUGUUCUUUUUAAUAGUUUGAAUUAAAACAAAGUGAAUUGAACCAGUUGCUCUUUAAACCUGUUUAUUAUUAUUGAUUCAUUUUUUAAGAACUUGGUACAAAACUUGAUACUACUCUUUACCAUUUAUCAACUUCCAUUGAUCAACUUUCAAUGCAUCAUAAAGAAGAAAAAACUACAUUGGCAUAUGUAAGACAAACACUUUCCUAUACACACUAUCCACUGGACGGUUCCCUUAAUGACAAAGAAAAAACUUACUACAGCCAAAAGACACUUUAAAUUCCAUCCAAACCUCUUUGUGUUGUCUUCUUAUGGCAAAGUAAUACAUCAGACAUUGCAAGCUAGAAGUCAGAAUGCAGAAUUGGCAAAUCCAUAAAAAAAUCCUCGAUGUUCUUGCUUCAUUUUUUUUGCUUGAUAAAAGAAUAUAAAAUGUU